AAUUGCUCUCGGUUUUGGGCAUAUGUUCUGACUCCAUCCGGCUUUGUGAGUGCACACAACGUCGGAGUUGCGCUAAUCCUGGAGGGCGACCGCAUUCUGUUCUGCUGCACCGGGAAGUAGCGUGAAAUCGUCUUUUACGACAGUGGGUGUCCACGACGCAACAAUUGUUCUUCGUUCAGUUCAUCGAAUCAGAUAAGUUUGUUCUAAUUUUUGGUUUAAUCGCAACAAUCAAUAAUAUUUUUAUUCUGGAAAUUUGACUAUCCUUUGUUUAUAUAGUAUAUAUAUACUCAGCCAGAGGUCAAUGUUUCCCAUGCAGACAAACAAUCCUGAACCCCUUCACACAAAAAAAAAAGAUAAAAAGGUGAUUAAUUAGGUUUCUCUAGAAAAAUAAACUCAGACAAAAAGAUGGGAAGAAAACCCUGCUGUGACAAAGAAGGUCUGAAAAAAGGUCCAUGGACAUCUGAGGAAGAUCAGAAGCUUAUUGACUACAUCCAGACAUAUGGUCCUGGCAACUGGAGAUCUCUUCCAAACAAAGCAGGUCUCAAAAGGUGUGGUAAGAGCUGCCGUCUACGGUGGGCAAACUAUCUCAGGCCAGACAUCAAAAGGGGAAAUUUUUCAUUUGAAGAAGAAGAGACCAUAAUUCAACUCCAUAGUAUAUUAGGAAACAAAUGGUCUGCAAUUGCUGCUAGAUUACCAGGACGAACAGACAAUGAGAUCAAGAAUCAUUGGAACACUCACAUUCGAAAGAAGUUGAUUCGAAUGGGAAUCGACCCUGUAACUCAUGGCCCUCGCCUCGAUUAUUUUGACCUUUCAUCCAUGCUCUACACUCCUCAGAAUUCAUCCUUGCUGAACUUGCCUGCUAUCUUGCUUAAUCUUCAGAACCUCCUAAACCCAGAACUUCUGAGAUUGGCCACUUCACAAAAUGGAAUCCCAAACUUCAGCAGAAUUCAAAACCAAAAUCUUAGCAAUAUCUUAGUCAAUGGCCCAGAUCAUCCAAUUCCAACCUCACAGACUGUUAAUCAAGUUGUUGAACCCUGCAUGCAAAAUAUGCCAUCUUUUAACGGUUUGUUAUGCGCUUCAUCAACAGACAACUCAGGCUUUAUGUCGAACAACAGCUACCAGAGUUUUAGCAACGGCAGCAGCUUCUCUACAGAGCUGUCGCCGCUCAGUUCAAGUCUUCUUCAUCCUAUUGAUUCAAGUCCUACAUAUCUCAACAGCCACACAAGUACAGAAGAUGAGAUUGAUAGUUAUUUCAGCAAUGUAGAGAAUUUGCUUCAAACCUCAAUUCUUUAGUGCUGAUUGUGGGUUUUUUUCCUGUCACAAAAAAAUCCGGCCAAUUUCAGCCCCGGACCAAAACUUUCUGCCUGAACUCGAGGAAACCGGAACAGGACACUCUUGAUCAACUGCACGAUUUUUCAUCUACUUUCUGUGUAUUACACAUAAUUUUUAUCCUAUGUACUGUAUAUGAUAGAGUAGCAAGGUUGAAUACUUGACAACUUGAAUGUCAGAGUUCCCCUGAGGAUUUGUUACUGAUACCAAACAAGGUUCAAUAUUGACAGCUGAACAAGUUUACAAACUCAGAUUCGAAGUUUGUAUAUGAAAAAAUAUUGAAUUAUGUAAUUUA